AUGUCCGGAACUGUCCCUGGUAUGUCCAGAAAUGUGAAAGGUCCAGUAACCUUUCAACCAGAAUUACCUGACACUGUUGUUUAUACGAUGGAAGCCAUUGCAAAGCCACGAACAAAUUCACGCGUUCUAUGGAUUCAUAUGAAAUUGGAACUUUCAAGUUAUACGAUUAGAAAAGUUCAUCGUCCUUGA